AGUCUCUACAAGAAUGGAUCGUACUCCGACUUCAAGAUCGUCUGCGGAACAGACACAUACAACGUCCACAAAGCCAUCAUCUGCCCUCAAUCCGAGUUCUUCCGCGCAGCCUGUCGCCCGUACCCCUUUCAAGAGGGCAAGACCGGCGUGGUCACGCUCCCUUGCAACCCUGGACGCGACUUGGAUGCUCUGGCAGCCCCUAUCAAACCCGAUGACUUUGAUUGGGACAUGGAUGUAGAAGACAAGUCAGCCGUCAAGCUCAUGGUACACUACUUCUACCAUCACGACUAUCCUUCAGAGUUCCCCACGUACGAAGGUCACGACAGCUUGACGCCAAAGACUGCCACCAAGGGCGUGUUAGCCGUUCACGCAAAGAUGUUCGCAAUGGGGGAGAAGUACGAAGUACGUGGACUCAAAUCUGUGGCGCUGGAAAAGUACCAAGCAUGCCUGCCAGAGACGUGUGCUGGGUUCGGUACUUCCAUCAUCAUCGCCUUCAUGGGUACCACCGAGACUGAAAUCGACCUGGGACUGCGCAGCGCAAUUGUUGACUCACUCAGCGAUUCCGAUUGGAUGGUUGAGCACGAAGCGCUAGAGAAGACGAUCGAGGAGAUUCCAGAGCUUGUUUAUGCUCUUUACCGCAGACUUCUGGAGAGAUCGAGAUAUUGGUGA